CCUAUACUCCAAUUUUUUGAACCUCCGCAUUUUAACGGUCAGGCGCGAAAGAUACAUUUAGUUGACUGUGUGUGUGUAGCGUUACUCGGUCAAUAAACAGGAGCUGAUUCAUAAAACGAGUUCCAGUGGCACUGGCAAGCACAUUGUUUUUUUUAUUAAGCUAAAACAAGAAAAAUGGACUUGGAUUCCAUGAAGUAUGCCGAAUUGCGCAGUCUUGCCAAGGAGGUUGGGCUCAAAUCCUCAAAACUGAAGGUAAAUCGCAAACGAUAGUUAAGAGUUAUUGCAUUGGGUUGUUUGUUUGUGUUGCGAGUGGUUAGUUAGUUAGUUACAAUACCUAACGUUAACCAGAUAGCUAGCUAACUAGCUAUUAUCCAGCUCGUUUGUUAUGCAGUGUACCUUGCUAACUGUGUUCGACCUGUGUCCACUGCUACACAGGCUGAUAAGCUUCUGAAGGCGCUCAAGGAGCAUUUCCAGCAACAACAAACGCAGGAAGAUGUUGCAGUGGACGUAAGUUCUGGCUUGAAGCUCCCUCCCUCUUCUGUUCAAACGAUCACACUUCAAACAUGAAAUGCUAUGUAUAUUUUUUGAUUCCUCUUUAGCUUGCUUUGUUUCUUUAUGUCUGUAGAUAGAUCUGUUUUGCAAUGUCAUUGUAAUUAUUGCUAGUAAUAGCAAACCUCUGAUGGUCGUGUAUUUAGCAGGGAGUUGAGACUGGCGUUGAUGCACAGGAUAACACGGUUAACAGUAACUCAACCCAGGAUGACAGCAAUUCGGCACAUGUUGAUGAGCUUUCACCAAAACCUCCAGCUCAGGAGUUUGUGACCAAACGUCGUUGUAGAGGGCAACGGAGGACGAGGAAGGAGCCUGAAGAUGAGGAGGCAGAGUGUGAGCCAGCCAGAGCGCCACUCAAACCAGCCGAGGUAUGGGACCACUAGGAAAAUGAAUGUAUGCACACACUAUUGGAAGUCGCUUUGGAAUAAGUGCAUCUGCUAAAUGACUAAAAUAUAAGAGGUGUGAGAAGACAUAGAGAAGUGUUUUAAUGCACUGAAAUAGUGCUGUGCAUGUACCUCUGUCAACCCAAAAAAAUGCAUUUUUGCUUUACAUUUAUCGAGGAAUAGCAAGCUAAAGUAGUGUUUUCAAUAUAGGUUGUUAACAAGGUGACUGAAUCCAUCAUCGGCAAAGGCAGUGCCAAGAGAAGGAGGGUGUCUGCCGUUAAGGAUUCUGGGGUGGCUGUGCCACCAUCAGUGGAAGGGUCACAAGACGCCAACGUUGAGACACAGCCUGACUCCGAACACAAAGUUGCAGCAGUGAUGUUUGGUUAGUCUGGAAGACUCUAAAGGCCAUGAUGAUUUUUUUUAGACUUAUUUUUUUUGCAGAAGUCUUAUGUGGUUGUGUCCCUGUCCUUUUUUGUUUAUGAAAUAGGUGACUACAUGAGCAUCAACUCUGGGUUUUAAUAAUCUUAUUAUUGAUCACGUUCUCAUAUUGCUUUGCACAGGAGAGGGACAGAAGGUGGUGAAACCAGUAGGAAAGAUCCCUCGCCAUGAGGGGCUCCUGAAGAGGACUAAACCUAUGCUGAAGCCUACUACACCAAGUUAGUCAUCUGAAUUAUAUUUGCUGUAGCUACAUGAUCUAAAACAUGUACAAACUCUCAGUUCUGUCAUUUAAAAUACUAAUAACCACUUUCUAUUUUAGACUUCAGAAAACUCCACGAGGAGCAUUUCAAAAGGAUGGAGUCAAUUGAUUCAUACGUGGAAAGGAAGACCAAGCAAAUGGGUUCGUUCAGAAAUUCAGUGAAUGAAUUGAAGGUAAUGAAUUGUAUAUAACGUUAUAGUGGAGAUCGUUGGGAUCUGGCCAUGGUGUGGUUUUCAUUUAAAUAUUAAGCCCAACAAUGAAACAUUGUUUUAUUGUAGUCAUCAUUUAUACAUUUUGCAAGUAGUUAACUAUAAACACUCUCUUUAUUCUUCAGGUUCUUUCAGAUAAGACUCUUUUGAAACCAACGGAAGGAAAAACUCAAGCAGUAAGUAGACUUUUUUUGGUUUCCAUAGUUGUAAAAAGUGAAGUACUACAACCAAUGAAACAUUUUCCCUUUCAAAUGUAAAACCAGAUGGCUAUUUUGAGAGGGAUGAUCCCAAAUCAUCCCAAAAUCAUCAUCCCAAAACAUCCCAAAAUAUGGUGAUUGGUGUGGUCAAUGUAUUGAUGUGUUUUUGCAGAGCUCAACCUCGAGCCGUGCCCCCCUGUUCAGCCCUGCAUCCCAGAAACCAGCUACAGACAGACACAGACUUACCCAGGUCUCUGCCAGCAAGCCUGCUACCGACAAACGCAGACUCUCGGCCAGAAAACACCCCCAGAAGGACACUGUUGUCCCAUUCAGACCCACAGUCCUGUCUGCUCGCCGGAUCAACGUUCGGUGAGACACUCAAACAUUAUUUGUCUGAGUAUUCCUGAGUAUUUUAGCAGUGCUGAAGCUUCUAGGUGUCUAUGUUGAUUUACCACUUCUGAUUGAACAUUCACAUCAUUACACAAGAUGCACUGUCAUGAGUUGCUAACUGGCUUAGUUCAGGUGACAACUAUGUAUUGACAUUUCUUUGGGAAGGAUUUAGCUACUUCUGAAUACUAUUGUCAGUUUGUGGAAUGAAACUGUAUAUAGUCAGUCCAACUGUUGGUUUGUGUACAGGUUCUCUCAGGCUACUCAGGAUAAUGAGCACAAGAGGUCCAUGGUGAAGACGCCAGCACGCAUGUCAACCCGCGUGGACCUCCUCACUCCUGGGAAAGAGACUAAAGUUGGAGGGAAACUUGAAGUCAACAAGACCUUUGUCCUCUCCAGCACUAAGACCCCAGGUAACUAUACUGAACAAAAAUAUAAACACAACAUGUAAAGUGCUGGUCCCAUGUUUCAUGAGCUGAAAUAAGAUCCCAGAAAUGUUCCAUCCAAGCUUAUUUCUCUCAAAUGUUGUGCUGAAAUUUGUUUACAUCCCUGUUAGUGAGCAUUUCUCCUUUGCCAAGAUAAUCCAUCCACCUGACAGGUGUGGCAUAUCAAGAAGCUGAUUAAACAGCAUAAUUACACAGGUGCACCUUGUGCUGGGGACAAUAAAAGGCCACUCUAAAAUGUGCAGUUUUGUCACGCAAACCACUGCCACAGAUGUCUCAAGUUGAGGGAGCGUGCAAUUGGCUUGCUGACUGCAGGAAUGUCCACCAGAGCUGUUACCAGAGAAUUGAAUGUUCAUUUCUCUACCAUAAGCCGCCUCCAUUGCUUUAGAGAAUUUGGCCGUAUGUAAAAAUGUGGCAGUAUGUCCAACCCGGCCUCACAACCGCAGACCACAUGUAACCACGCCAGCCCAAGGACCUCCACAUCCGGCUUCUUCACCUGCGGGAUCGUCUGAGACCAACCACCCGCACAGCUGAUGACAUUUCUGUUUGUAAUAAAGCCCUUUAGUGGGGAAAAACUCAUUCUCAUUGGCUGUGCCCAUGGCUGUGCCCCUGCCCAGUCAUAUUAAAUCCAUAGAUUAGGGCCAAAUUAAUUUAUUUCAAUUGACUGAUUUCCUUAUAGGAACUGUAACUCAGUAAAAUCUUGAAAUUGUUGCGUUUUGUAUUUCUGCCUAAUAUACAUCCUGCUAAAUGUAGAUUAAUUUAAGUAGUCUUUACUUGUUUUUUUCUAUGCACUGAAUGUAUCCCUUACUGGCUUUUAUUUUCUUUAUUUUAUUCAGCGUUUGUGUUUAAUGCAAACACCAGUGUUCUUUUUAACUCUCCUGAAACCAACAAGAAGGCCAACUUUGAUCUGAAGGCCAGUCUCUCUAAACCUCUCUCCUAUAAGCCUCAUAAGGGUAAGAUAUGUCACCAUUCAGAUUCUGACUGUAUACCAGCGCAUUCAGCACGAGCCUGGUUGUCUGUAGGCUAAUAAAAACAUUUAUUUUAGUGGUCAUCGUUUCUGGUCUGCCUGUAUAGGAAAGCUGAAGCCAUUCGGAGUGACCAAAGAGAACACAGUGGACCAAUCUAUGACCAGCCAGUCUAUGACCGUUCCCUCCCACCAGAAGAACUACAAACAGCAUCAGGUUCAGACAAGGUCAGUAUCCGGAACAACCGGUUAAAAGUGGAGGGGGGGAAAUGUAUUGAAUUCCUGGCUCUUUCUCAAUUCACCUUUCCUUGAUUCCUCAAAACAUUAUUGGAGAGGAAUGUCUGAGAGAAGGGACUUUGGACCUUGUCCUCCAUCCACAAGAUGGCGCCGACAGACUCUGCUUCUAGCUCAUAAGCAACGUUUAUUUUGGAUGUUAUUUCUUACAUUAUUAGCCCAGAACGUUUUUUUGUGUUAUUACAUUCAGCCGGAAAUAACUUUUGGAUAUCGGAGCGGCGGUAACUCACCAGCGUUACGACCAGAAAUACAACUUUCACGAAUUGGAUGCUUUGCUCGUACCCCCCAGGGCAAUUGAACUUAUCCCAGAGGCUGCUCCAAGACGCCUCCGGCAGAGAAGAGGUAUUCGGAGUGGACUUCUAGUCCGACACCAUCUACCAGAGGGAGAAAAAAAACUCUAGAUCACCUUUACUCCACACACAGAGACGCGUACAAAGCUCUCCCUCGCCCUUGAUUUGGCAAAUCUGACCAUAAUUAUAUCCUCCUGUUUUCUGCUUACAAGCAAAAACUAAAGUAGGAAGCACCAGUGACUCAGUCAAUCAAGAAGUGGUCAGAUGACGCAGAUGCUAAGCUACAGGACUGUUUUGCUAGCACAGACUGGAAUAUGUUCCGGGAUUCUUCCGAUUGCAUUGAGGAGUACACCACCACAGUCACUGGCUUCAUCAAUAAGUGCAUCGAUGACGUCGUCCCCAGUGACCGUACGUACAUACCCCAACCAGAAGCCAUGGAUUACAGGCAACAUCCACACUGAGCUAAGCGGUAGAGCUGCCGCUUUCAAGGAGCGGGAGACUAACCCGGACGCUUAUAAGAAAUCCCGCUAUGCCCUCCAACGAACCAUCAAACAGGCAAAGCGUCAAUACAGGACUAAGAUUGAAUUGUACUACACCGGCUCCGACGCUCGUCGGAUGUGGCAGGGCUUGCAAACUAUUACAGGCUACAAAGUUAAGCACAGCCACGAACUGCCCAGUGACACGAGACUACCAGACAAGCUAAAUUACUUCAAAGCUCGCUUAGAGGCAAACAACACUGAAGCAUGCAUGAGAGCAUCAGGUGUUCUGGACGACUGUGAUCACGCUCUCCGUAGCCGAUGUGAGUAAGACCUUUAAACAGGUCAACAUUCACAAGGCCGCAGGGCCAGACGGAUUACCAGGACAUGUACUCCGAGCAUGCGCUGACCAACUGGCAAGUGUCUUCACUGACAUUUUCAACCUAUCCCUGACUGAGUCUGUAAUACCAACAUGUUUCAAGCAGACCACCAUAGUCCCUGUGGCCACUAAGGUAACCUGCCUAAAUGUCUGCCCUUUCCCAGCUGGACAAAAGGAACAACUAUGUGAGAAUGCUAUUCAUUGACUACAGCUCAGCGUUCAACACCAUAGUGCCCUCAAAGCUCAUCACUAAGCUAAGGACCCUGGGACUAAACACCUCCCUCUGCAACUGGAUCCUGGACUUCCUGACCGGCCUCCACUACAGCCCCGUUGAUGAGAAUGAGGGCGUGCUCGGUCCUCCUUUUCCUGUAGUCCACAAUCAUCUCCUUUGUCUUGGUCACGUUAAUGAUGGUGUUUUGAGUCGUGCUUGGCCAUGCAGUCAUGGGUGAACAGGGAGUACAGGAGGGGACUGAGCACGCACCCCUGAGGGUCCCCCGUGUUGAGGAUCAGCGUGGCGGAUGUGUUGUUGCCUACCCUUACAACCUGGGGGCGGCCCGUCAGGAAAUCCAGAAUCCAGUUGCAGAGGGGGGUGUUUAGUCCCAGGGUCCUUAGCUUAGUGAUGAGCUUUGAGGGCACUAUGGUGUUGAACGGUGAGCUGUAGUCAAUUAAUAGCAUUCUCACGUAGGUGUUCCUUUUGUCCAGGUGGGAAAGGGCAGUGUGGAGUGCAAUAGAGAUUGCAUCAUCUGUGGAUCUGUUGGGGCGGUAUGCAAAUUGGAGUGGGUCUAGGGUUUCUGGGAUGAUGGUGUUGAUGUGAGCCAUGACCAGCCUUUCAAAGCACUUCAUGGCUACAGACGUGAGUGCUACGGGUCGGUUUAUAGGGGAUGUUGUUCCCACUGUGACUAUUAAAACCUACCCAUACCAAAAACCGUGGCUAGAUGGCAGCAGUCGCGCAAAACUGAAAGCGCAAACCACCGCAUUUAAGCAAGGUGACUGGGAAUAUGGUUGAAUACAAACAGUCCUGUUAUGCCCUCCGUAAGGCAAUCAAACAGGCAAAACGUCAGUACAGAGACAAAGUGGAGUCGCAAUUCAACGGCUCAGACACGAGACGUAUGUGGCUACAGGGUCUCCAGACAAUCACAGAUUACAAAGGGAAAACCAGCCACGUCGCGGACAUCGACGUCUUGCUCCCAGACAAGCUAAACACCUUCACCGCUUUGAGGAUAACACAGUGCCACAGACGCGGCCCCGCUCCCAAGGGCUGUGGGCUCUUGUUCUCCGUGGCCGACGUGAGCAAGACGUUUAAGCGUGUUAACCCUCGCAAGGUUGCCGGCCCAGACGGAAUCCCUGGUCGCGUCCUCAGAGCAUGCGCAGACCAGCUGGCUGGAAUAUUCUGACAUAUUCAAUCUCUCCCUAUCCCAGUCUGCUGUGCCCACUUGCUUCAAGAUGUCCACCAUUGUUCCUGUAUCCAAGAAAGCAAAGGUAACUGAACUAAAUGACUAUUGCCCUGUAGCACUCACUUCUGUCAUCAUGAAGUGCUUUGAGAGACCAUGACGAGACCGCCUACAGGGAGGAGGUGAGGGCCCUGGCGGAGUGGUGCCACGAAAAUAACCUCUCCCUCAACAAAACGAAGGAGCUGAUCGUGGACUUCAGGAGACAGCAGAGGGAGCACGCCCCUAUCCACAUUGACGGGACCGCAGUGGAGAAGGUAAAAGGCUUCAAGUUCCUCGGAGUAUUGACAAUCUGAAAUGGUCCACCCACACACUGUGGGGAAGAAGGCGCAACAGCGCCUCUUCAACCUCAGGAGGCUGAAGAAAUUCGUCUUGGCCCAACUUUGACAGACGCACAAUUGAAAGCAUCCUGUCAAGCUGUAUCACCGCCUGGUACGGCAACUGCACCGCCCGCAACCGCAGGGCUCUCCAGAGGGUGGUGCGGUCUGCCCAACGCAUCACCGGGGGCACACUGCCUGCCCUCUAGGACACCUACAGCACCCGGUGUCACAGGAAGGUCAAAAAGAUUAUCAAGGACAUCAACCACCCGAGCCACUGCCUGUUCACCCCGCUAUCAUCCAGAAGGAGAGGUCAGUACAGGUGCAUCAAAGCUGGGACCGAGAGAAUGAAAAACAGCUUCUAUCUCAAGGCCAUCAGGCUGUUAAAUAGCCAUCACUAAUAAUGUGUAUAUACUGUAUUCUACUGUGUUUCAGUCAAUGCCACUCCGACAUUACUCAUCCUAAUAUUUAUAUAUUUCUUAAUUCCAUUCAUUUACUUUUUUAGAUGUGUGAAUUGUUAGAUACUACUGCACUGUUGGAGCUAGGAACACAAGCAUUUCGCUACACCUGCAAUAACAUCUGCUAAAUAUGUGUAUGUGACCAAUAACAUUUUGAUUUGAUAAGGAGAUGAGGAAUCAAGGAAAGACUGAGAUUGAGAGCCUCUGUUUUGAAACUUGUUUUCUCUCCGAAUGGCUUGGAUGUAUAACCUGUUAUGUUGAUUUCCCUAUUGCUUUUAUUCCAGGGAGGAAAGGAGGACAAAACAGACUGAAGUCAGGAAGCGGAAGAAAGAGGAGAUGCUUGGAGCCAGACGAGGCCUCGCCUUGACCUGAUUAUUCUACACUUUUACUCUUGUGAAGUUUAAACCGUGUUAUUUCAGACCUGCUGAUUUGAUGCCUGUCCCCUUUUUGACGAAGAAUAGUCCCACUUUCUCUACCUUUUCCUCUGUUCUACUUUGACUUUCAGUUCCAACCUGUUUUAUGAUUGUUCGAUUUUAGAAACACCUAACAACUUUUUUAAUAAACGUUUUUUAUUAACUUAGUAUGGUACAAAUAAUGUUGAAUCUUUUGUAUACCAGUGUCAUUGGUAGACAUUUACAUUACAUUUUAGUCAU